AUGAAAAAGCUUGAUCUCGAACAAAUUAAAGUGGAUGUCCCUGAAGUCCCAUCGACUAUGGUUCUUGAAACAACUGCACAAAAGUGUAAAGCACUUACUUGUUUUGGUUGGCAAAAAAGCAAAUAUUUGGAUGAUGCUGUAGUUUGUACAUAUUGCAAUAGGACAGUGGGGUUAUGGCUUCUAAGAGGACAUUUUUUCGAUGUUGAGAAACAGCAUCAUAAUUGGUGUACUUUUGCAUCAGAUACUAGCCGAUACACAGAUGGAUGGCAGUGCCGUCAUUUUGUACUACAAUGCAUCAAUAGCUCAAAGGACUUUCCUGUCACGAACUGGGCAGCUAAAGCAGAAGUUUGGAAAUCCGCUAUUAUACCGAGAAAUAUCCCUCCUCUCAUGAGAGAAUGA